GGAAUUAUGUCGAUUGAAUCGAGUCCAGUGCUCAUUUUUUAAGUAUUGAAUAUAAUCCGUCGAUCUCUUUUUCGUCAAACCGGUAAAUUACGAGGAUGUAAAGAAAACCAGCAAACUUGUCGAGCGGUGAGACAAAAUUACGCGCGCGCGAACAUACACAUACGAGUUUAGAUAUUUACCAAUGAAAGCAAAAUAUUCCCAGGCUGAUUCCCUGUACUGGGAAAGGAUUUUUAUUUUCUGGGUGGGAAAGAUUUAAGUACUUAAAAUUAGCCACAUUCUUCAGAUGUACUAUCUUAAAGAUGUUGGACAGUGAUGCAAAAAAAUCCACUUGGUAUAAAAUACCAUUCCAUAGCUACAAGAAAUAUCAGCUUUCUGUUUUAAAAUGUUAUCAAUGAGAUUUCUAGAUGUUUUCUGAACAUUUCAAAAGUUUUAGCUGAAAGCGAUAUUGCCUUUUCCAAUUUCUCUCAAAUGUUAAUUUGUAGAAAUGGUUCGCCUUUCUGAGAAAAUGUCAAGCAUGAUUGAAGAAGAUACCAAAUCUUCCAGUUAUUUGUCUUCCAACAAAAUGAUAUAUAUUGAGGUAGACUUAGACUCAGAUGAUUACAUGUGUAACCAGUUUAACCAGUAUGGUGAUGAAUUUAAAGAAUUAACAUUAAAUAUUGCUGAUACAGUAUCAUCUAAAUCUCAAUUAUUCCAAAAUGGAACUUCUGGUAUCAAUGUAACAAAACUGAAGUCCUACAUACAUCAAAAUAACAUUUUGGACCAGGAAUUAAAUUCACAAGUAUGUAAAAAUUCCAAUUUAGACAAUGAAAUACCUACAAUGAAAUCAUACCCUCCAAAUCACAUUUUCCAAAAUAAACUACACCAAAUUUCAUCGUCACAUGAAAAAUGUGUAUCAGACAUGAAAGAAGGUUCCAGAAAUAAAACUGAACUACUUCAAAAUAAUAUCAAAACACCAAACAUGGAUUUUUGUGUCACAGAUAAUAGUAAGGAGGAAUGCUAUCAACCAAAGACAGUGUUUCCUACUGAUGAGAAUGAUGAAAAAUCAGUUGUCCUUUCCAACAAAUCUAGUGAAAAACAAAAGGUUUCUGACAUUGCGAUUCUGUCUUCUUGUAUAAAUAAUAAUUGUUUCUUGUCAAAAGAAAUUAUAGAUAUCCCUUGUUCUCAGGACUCUUUUUCUCAAGACUCCGCCUUUGAGGAUUAUUCUUCCUUAAGCUCUUUGUCAGUAAACUCAACAGAAUCCGAUACUAGUGAUCUUGCAGAACAAUUUGGAAAUAUCCUAAAAAUAAGCAGCAGAAAAAAAAUUGUGGAAGAUGAACCUUGGCAGCAUAUAGAAGAUUUCAAUGAAAUUACACUUGAUGAUAAUGGAAGCGAUGAAGAUGAUGAUGAUGAUUAUAAUGUCACAGAAUCUGAUACUAGUGAUCUUACAGAGCAAUUUGGGAAUAUCCUAAAAAUAAGCAGCAGAAAGAAAAUUGUGGAAGAUGAACCUUGGAAGCAUAUAGAAGAUUUCAAUGAAAUUACACUUGAUGAUAAUGGAAACAAUGAAGAUGAUGAUGAUGAUUAUAAUGUCACAAAAGACAAUGAGUUUUCUGAUAAAUUUUCACUUUCACAACCUUUUUGGAAUUCUCGUGGACUAAAGCAUCUGCAAACUCCUGAAAUCUCUAAAGAUAAUAACAACGGUCUGACACCUUGCAAACGACCAUUUGAUGAUGGUUGUAGAUGUAAUGAUAGCGAUAAUUUCAAAACUAGUUAUACUUCUAGUAGUAGUAUCAAAAGCACUCAUAUGAUUUUAUGCCAUGAUCCAUCACAAAUUACUUCAGAAAAAAGAAAGAAAACACAUCCUGAAAAGGAGAAAAUCACUGUAAACAACUCUGAAAAUUGUAAUAUAUCAUCAUAUGUGACUGAAAAUUUAGAAGAGUUGAAAGCUGUAUAUGAAUGUCUGGAUAUUAAAUUUCCUUCUGAUGACAGCACUAUUCCUUCCCCUGUUCAUCCUGAAGCAUGUUCAGCAUUAAAUUCCCAGUCAAAUGGCUGUCAAAAACUUCCCAUUUCUGACCCCAGUUUUAAAGUGACAACUGAGUGCUACAAUAGUAAAAUUACCAUGGAGAUGCCUUACAUGGAACAACUUCCAAAUUCCUAUCAGAAUCAAAUGCCUCACACAUCUAAUCCUAAUUUUAUUUAUUUCCCAAUGCAAGUAAUCUGCAUCAGUAGUACAGCCUCACAAAAAAGAAAUAUUAACCAACAGCAAAUUGAUGGCUUGACUAAAGAGGACUUUCGUAAAAUUGGUGGGAGUGGCACUCAUCUUCAUGAAGCUGCAGAAAAUAAUAAUGUAUAUUUAUUGGAGGCUUUGCUAAAACAAUUGGAUAAGUUGCAGUUUAAACAACAUAUCAUUAACUUCAAAAACGAUUACCAACAGACUGCACUUCAUUUGGCUGUGAUAAAAAAUUUUCCAAGUAUGGUUCAUAUUUUAAUAAAUCACGGAGCUGACGUCAACAUAUUAGCAAAAAGCUUUCAGGAAGACAGUUCAAAAUUUGAAGCCCCUCUCCAUCUGGCUGCCUCUAGACUAAAAAGAAUAUUAGUGAAAGAACUUUUAACAGCCAAAGACAUUGAUUUAGAUAUCAAGAACUCAGAUGGUCAGACUGCACUUCAUUGUGCUGUUCAAGCUCCUCAUCCAGCUGGGACAGACAAGACUUUCAUAAUCAAAAAACUCAUUCAAAUGAAAGCAAAUCCAUCAUGUAAGGAUAAAGAACAAGGCAAGAAUAUUUUGAUGUAUGCCAUAGAAUUUUCUGAUUUUGAAGUCAUUAGUAUUAUUCUGAAGACUGCAUCAUGGGAACAUAUUAAAAAAAUGUUCACAGAUAAAUCUGACAAAGGAGAGACCUGCUUGACUCUUGUAAAUGAUUUUGAUAAAGAUCAUGAAUUAUUUUCCAAACGAUGCAAAUUGGUACAAACCUUGCAAGACUACCACAAUAAGGUAGUUAGAGAACUACAAGAUAUACAACCACAUCCGUUAUUGGAAAACGAUACAUUCAAACAUGAGUGAGGAUAUAUAACUUUUAUAUCCAGCAAGUUUUCCUGAAAGGAUUAGCAACAUAAGCCAAAUGAUUAUAAACUAGAUCAUGUGUUUACUUUUGCUAUCACACAAGAGAAAGUAAUGAUCAAAAAACUUUUAAAGUGAGGAUUCUACUAUUAGGCUUGAAGAUGUAAUAUCUUUGUAUUUAGGUUUCUAAUCUGAAUAACUUUUAUUUUAUUUUUUUAUCGAAAAAAAAAUUAAUUUUUACUCCCCAGAUCAGAUCCAUGUUAACUCAUAAGAGAAUGUAUUCUCUAAAUAAAUCAUACCCUAGAUUUUGGAAAAUUUUCACAGAACAAGAGAACCCAACUUUACUGUACAACAACAGAGUGCAAGACUAAAUGUUGUUAGGAUAUUACUUUUCAAGAAAAAUGUAUAGAAACAAUAAUUGCCUCAUGAUCAAAAACGUGAUUUCAUAAACCAACACAAUGGGAUACCCUUCAGCUACAUUUGUGCAUAGGUUUAUUCUGAACUGCUUAAGUGCUUCAAAUGUAACAUCAUUGUAAUAACACACCUAAAUAAAUGUCAAAUAAGCUGAUGAUAAAUUGAUUUCAAUUCUUAAAUUGAAUAAAAUAUUAAAUAUUUC